GAUUUGUGAUGUCUCAUCAGUCAAUUGCUAUCAGUGAUGAUGAAAAUAAAAUGCAACGAAGUCCAGGAAAAUAAUGAAACGAAGUUUAUGAUGAGGAAAAGCUCUUUCACAUUAAGGAAUAAAGUCAAAUAUUUAUGAUGUCUCAUCAGUCAAUUGCUAUCAGUGAUGAUGAAAAUAAGAUGUAACGAAGACCAGGUAAAUAAUGAAAGGAAGUUUAUGAUGACGAAAAGAUUUUCACAUUAAGGAAUAAAGCCAAAUUGGUGGAACAUGGAAACCUCAUCUAUAAAUACUCAUCCAAUUAGAUCAGAAACUCCAGCAGAAUGAAUCACCAAUCCAGUAACUCACCAUGGUCGAAGCGAAACUCUUCCACAUUAACAUUCGAUUAGAUCUCGUGAUGCUUUCAACUAGCACAAGGCUACACGCCCAAAAUGAAUUCCAUACCAGAGAAUGAAAAAAACAGGAAUCAAUUCCCUAAUUAAGCGAGUCCCAAUGCCGGAGAAUCAAUAGAACACCACCGAAUCAGAUCAAACAAGCCAAGAUGGGCGGUUAUUGAAACCUCUGUCUGUUUUUUCGCGAGCGAAAACCCGGAAACAAGGGGAAGGAAAGAAGUGAAAUUAACGGAAAAAUGUGUCUAGAGUUCCCUGGCCGGAUGUGAUGAAAAAUACAUUAAAUGUAACCGCCUGUGCGGCCAUCCUCAGGAGUGUGAACUGGGCUGACUCCCACUUGCUCGUUCAGCUGUUUGCUCUGGCUCUCCUUAAUGUGAUGGUCAUUGCCGGAAAUUGUUUGGUGAUUGCUGCUGUUUUCUAUUCUUCCAAACUGCACUCCGUAACCAACCUUUUCAUCGUUUCGCUUGCCGUGGCCGAUCUCCUUGUUGGGGUGGCCGUCCUGCCUUUCUCAACUGGGCGGGAGUUGUUCAAGGUUUGGAUAUUUGGAAAUGUCUGGUGCAAGAUUUGGCUGGCAUUAGACGUUUGGAUGUGCACUGCUAGCAUCUUGAAUCUCUGUGCGAUUUCUCUGGACAGAUAUGUAGCUGUUACAAGACCUAUCACUUAUCCCAGUAUCAUGUCCAGAAAAAGGGCAAAAUGGUUAAUAGCUGGAUUGUGGAUUUUGAGCUUUGUUAUCUGCUUUCCACCCUUAAUAGGAUGGAGGGACAAGGUGCAAGACGACGACACUGCGAACGAAACGUCGACGAGCAUGGAGCAUUCGACGUCUGCCGUCGCGGCGUCCACGACGCAUCAGCAGCAGCAACAAUGCCCCUGGAAAUGCGAACUGACUAACGAGGCCGGCUACGUGGUCUACUCCGCUCUGGGCAGUUUCUAUUUGCCGAUGUUCGUGAUGCUCUUCUUCUAUUGGAGGAUCUACAAAGCGGCAGUCAGAACUACUCGGGCGAUUAAUCAGGGAUUCAGGACCACCAAAGGUUCCAAAGGACUCAGGAACAGAUUCGACGAACAGCGUCUCACCUUACGCAUUCACAGGGGUAGAGGGUCGACAGAACGUCGCCACCAUUGUGCAGGUUCACCCCACAGUAACGGGAGUAGCAGCACUCUGACCACGCUGGGGAGCUGUAGUCCUAGCCCUUCGAACAAGAGGCACGAAAGGAUCAAGAUAAGUGUCAGCUAUCCUUCCAGCGAGAAUCUUUCAGCCCACAAGCCGACACCUCCCAAUCAUCUGCCGGUUCUGAUGUCUACAUCGCCGAGUAGUUUCACCGUCAGGUAUUCGGUGAAUGGAGACAAGAUGGAUGAAAAUUCUUCCAGGAAUGAUGGAAGACUCCGAGUGCAUCGAGGAGGAUCCUCACGCAGAGCACUCACUCCAAACAGUGAAAUUGUAGGCAUAGAAAGACCUCCAACCUCACCUUCAACAGUCAGUGAAGAUGGGAGGACGAAACUGAUCUCAAAGAAAAUGGGUAAGCGCAACAUAAAGUUCCAAGUGAAACGUUUCAGGAUGGAGACCAAAGCCGCAAAGACUCUCGGCAUAAUAGUGGGCGGCUUCAUCUUGUGUUGGCUGCCAUUCUUCACCAUGUACCUCAUACGUGCUUUCUGCGAAGACUGCAUCCACCCGUUAGUUUUUUCUGUGUUAUUCUGGUUAGGUUAUGUAAAUAGUGCCAUAAAUCCACUGAUAUACGCGCUGUUCAGCAAGGACUUUCGAUUCGCCUUCAAGAGGAUCAUCUGCAGGUGCUUCUGUAAGGGAGGAACUGGCAAGGGUUCUAGAAGGGGAUCUGCGGGAUCUCAACUACAAGAAAGACACUUCCGAUCUGCCAGUUACAACAGGCAGGGGAACUCUCUAGGGGAAGAAAGUGACCCUGGUGGCGAUCCUUCGGACUCCAGGUGACAAAUAAAGGGAAUGUCAGCUAUUGGUAAGCUGGCAUUCGGCAUUAACGACUUGAUGUUCAAAGUGAAGAUGAAUGACUGAAACUGUUACUUAAAUCCGAUAAGGCAGAUAUAAAUAUUCGAUGUAAUACUCAAUUUCUUAAGCUGCAGUGUCGCAAACUUAAUAUUUGCUUCUUCAAACUAGACAUCUUGAUAUUUUCAGCUCUCAAUGCCAACAUUUAGAUUAAUACAUGUUUAAUUUUGUUUUCAUAUUAGUGUUUGUGCAGUAUUAUGCUGGUUCAAAGACCAGUUGAAACAAAGUUUUAUACCUAUACAAUCAUACCUAUAGUAACUUUACAUGAAUGACAAAUGUAUUUCUAUAUCAUUUUAGCAGUUCUCUAAUCCAUGGACUCCAACAAUUGAACAAACUCAGAUUGUCUUACGUAAUGGAAGAAAUUUGUUGACUAAUACGUCUCAUUCAACUUUUUAAUCCUUCACGCGCUUGACGAUACGCACAAAACUGACACUUGUCCAACAUCAUAUUCGAAAAACAGAUAUAUAUAUAUAUAUACUCAUCAUUGAUUCCCAAAAAUCUAUCAUUAUAUCAUACAGGGGGUGAUCUAUUCUAAAAGAUCAAUUAAAAUAAUACCAUGGAAAGAGCCUGGAUCCAAAAAUUUCUCAAAUGUAAUAGUGGAUUUAUGCACCGUACCUAAGAACUAAGGACUAGGAACUAUGAACUAAGAACUAAAC